CUCUCUCUCCCACGCUCUGAUAAACACGGCCCACGCACGCGCCUGCUUUUGGGGAAAGGGGGCGAGGACACGCACCAAAAAAUUAUAGCCCGAGCAGACCCUGAAAGAGGGAACAAUUGUUUGACUAUCUAUCAGAAGAGAAGAAGGUGAUGGCGGUGGCAGUCACCAGGGAUCUGACGGUGCAGGUGCUGGAGGAUGUAAACGCUGCCAAGUUGACGGACAGACAGCAGGCUCUGCGAGCUGCUAUUCAGAGAGGAGAGCCCAAAAGUCUGGGGGUGAGUCAGGUGAUGCUGGGGCUGAUGAUCAUAUUCUAUUCUAUUCCUCUGCACCUCAGAAGUAGUUCCAUCAUAGAAUAUACUGAAGUGAUCAGACUGGGAGUUCCCUGGUGGAGUGGCCUCAUAUUUAUCACAGCAGGGGCUGUCGCCAUCUUCUUGGACAAACACUGCAACAUGAAGAUUUUGCAGGUGUGUUUGAUUGUGAGCAUGUUGUCCGUGGCGCUGUCCAUUGUGGCUCUCAUCAUCUACAUUGUGGACUUUAAGAAGAACCCAGUGUCUGAGUGUAUCAAGCAGGAGUAUGAAGAUUGCGAUGAUAAACACUACGCCUUGAAUCUGAGCAAAGGGAUGAAGUCAGCCCUCCUCCUCUUCACCCUGACCCAGACUAUCAUCUCUGCCAUCGUCUGCUUCCUCCUCUACAGACAGAGACGGAACUUCGGACAGUACGCUACUCUCAACGAAGGCGCUCCAUCUAGUCCGACAACAGUUAUACCACCUGAGUUGAACUGAUCAGUGAGUGGAUCAGGUGAUCACAAUGAUUGAUCAAUGUGGACUAAUCAGCUUUUGUCAAGAUGAAUGAUCAUCUUCCACUGAUGUGACUGAUCACCCGUUGUUUCAGAUUUUAUUUGUCUACUGUAUUUCACUGUAUGUGUUUGUUUUCAACUGUGCUACCAAGUCAUGUCAGCUCAAUGAUCUGCUUUUACGUUCUGUUUUUAGUAAUAAUCGUGUCUUACUGUAUAUGUAUUUUAUAUUUGAGCUAAAUAGUUAAAACCUCACUGAGUAAUUAUUUCAGUGGUUUAGUUGAAGAUGAUUUUGUCAAUUUACAUGUUGUUUCAGAUGUGGAACAUUUACAGCACACAGAAAACGUAAAAAGAAGUUUUAUACUCGUUUCUUCCAGCUCAAAUCAAUGUAAAAUUGGAAUAAACAUUAAGAACAAAUGGAAGAAGGGAUGGAAUUGAACAAAAGCGAAACAAAAACAGUGACUCUAGAUACACAAAAGUUCAAAGUGUCCUCUCAUUAAUGUUGUGACGGUGAUAAGUGAAAGCAUUAAUGAACACGGUGCACACUGGUGGAUUUCACAGCUAAACUUUCAGGAAGUGAACUGCAUUUUUUUGUGGCUGCUACACUUAAGGUACACGUGAAAACACACUCAGCUAUCACUUUUAGAUUAAUACUGAUGCCGAAACAUUUAACUGUACCUCAUUUCAUUUUGCUGUUUCAGGUCAUUGUCGAGGUUAACGACAAAACAGAGCUGUUAAUGUUAUCAGUUCACUCAAGCAUGCACAUGUGCAGCACUAACACAGAUGUAGAAACACUCCUUCCAAACACUGACAUCAGUGGCACUGACCCAUAAACAAAUAAUAAUGCAUUUUUUGUUCUGUAUUUGCCCUUAAUCUGCAUAAUAUACACCAGUGAACCAAUAUCAGUACCAAAAACAACAAUUUGGUCCAUGGAAGAACAUCACCAGUAAAGCUGCAUUUCACAUGAGUCCACUCAGAGCUCUGACUGUCUUCUGUUUGACAAUGUCUUCAUGCAUAUUUGUAUUUUUGUGGCUUUCCUCUGCAAUUUUUUGAAAAUACAGCACUAAAUAUACAACUAUAGUGUGCACAGUUUUUAUUUUACAUAAAAUAAAACACCAAUAAAACACUG